AAAUAUAUCGUCCAACACAUCUUGGCUCUGCUACACUGUUUUCCUCCUUUUCCCCAAAAGCAGCGCUAGAAAUUUUUGCUGAUCUCCAGAGAGCAAUGAAGAGUUUUGUUCUAGAGAAUGAUCUGCAUAGUCUUUAUUUGGUCACACCUGUUUAUGAAGAUUGGACCAAAAUCGAUUGGUACCAAUUCUUUUGCUUGUGGGAGAAGUUGCCUGCCUCAUUGAGAAGAGUAGCACAACUUGUGGGGAUUGAAGAAAGUUUUUUAGCCUGUUCCGUCAAAGGCAACAUCAUUGCUAAAACAGAGAAACAAUAUAGGCAAAUGGCUAUCCACAAAAGAUUUUUUACAAGCUUGGCUCUUCUGGAUUUAAUAAAUGAAGUCCCUUUAAAGGAUGUUGCUAAGAAAUAUAGCUGCAGUCGUGGACAGCUUCAGUCUUUGCAACAGUCUGCCGCUACAUAUGCAGGGAUGAUUACUAUUUUCUGCAACCGGUUGGGAUGGCACAACAUGGAACAAUUGCUGUCUCAGUUUCAGAGUCGCCUUAACUUUGGAAUUCAGAGAGAACUCUGUGAUCUUGUCCGGAUAUCUUUGCUAAAUGCACAGUGUGCUAGAGCUCUUUAUAAUGCUGGUUUUAUCACCGUGGCUGAUGUAGCUAAAGGGACUCUUGAGGAGGUGGAAAAUGUUUUCAGAAAUGCAGCACCAUUCAGAAGCACUCGCAGAGCCGUAGAUGAAGAUGAGCAAGCUGCCAAGGAGCGUCUUAAUACCCAUUUUAUGUGGAUGUCUGGAAUGAAGGGCUUAACUGAAGGUGAAGCAGCCCAUCUGAUUGUAGAGGAGGCUAAAAGACUUUUAAAGCAUGACUUAGCUGUUUGGGGAGUGCAAUGGAACCCCAAUUCCUCAAUUUUAUUGGAUACGUCUUAUACAUUUUCCACAAAGGGAAGUGUUACAGAAGGCCAACGGAAAUGGAAAAAUAACCACAACAUGACUUUAUCAGAAGCAAGUGUCAAUUCACAAAUUAAAAAUAUAUCAUCUGUUAAACAAAAAAAUAAGAGGCAGUUGGAUGGUAAUUCAGCAGAAGAGAUUGAUAAUAAGGCUCCAAUAGAAGAAAUUGAGGCAGAGGCAAGAAAUGACAUAUACUCUAGUGCCAAGAAACGAAUGAAUUUAAACAGAGAUAUGAUAAAGGAAGCAGUGGAAAAUGCUGAAGACAUUCUGAAGAGAAGCUUGAAAGAAGGCAUAAAAAAAGAUGUUGCAACUGGCUCUAAGUCUAACAUUGAACUUCAUUUCAAACAAAUAAUGGAUAAAAAUACAAUUACAAAUCCCAAUGGGAUAUUACAAGUUGUAAAUAUAGAUGAAGUGAAUACUCAUACCUGCAGUUUUUCAAGCAAAAUAGAAUGUAUGAAGAAUGGUUAUUCCCCUGUUUUGGAUCCCGUGUUCAAAGAAUUUGAAGAAAGCUUCCAGCUGGAUACCCAAACAGAUAGACUAUUACAACAGCCGAUGGCAGAUGAAACUGUUAAUAAGCAACAACUCAAAGACAAAAAACUAGUAGCCAGUCUAACACAGAAAAACUGCAUUGGUAUAAAGGGUACCAAUAUGUCAGAAAAAAAUUCUAUAUGUGUUAAAGAUAAACUAGAGUGUGGAAAAGGACAUUCAGCAUUAUUGCUUGGUAAAGUAUCAGAUGUGGGAUGGCCUCAAACUGAGAAAUAUCCAGGAACAUCAGUUUGCUUGGAACCAGAUUCCCAAUUGGACAGCUUCUUACGGCACUAUCAAACUCCAAACUUAACAGAACAACAGCUCACUGUUCUUCCAAACAAUAUUUCCUUUUCUCUCAGCCAGUUCCCAUCUGGCGUGGAUAUAAAUGAAGCAAAUCUAAAUGGCAGUGAUAGUUUAUUGUUUGAUGGAGACUUUAACCACAUAGAUGGCUCCCAGAGUGGUGAUAAUAAUGAAAGGCUCAUGGAGACUAUUCCACAGGAGCUGGCAAUCCCUUCUUUAUUCAAAAGUGCUUUAAAAUAUGAUGCCUCAGAUGAAUUGAAAACAAGACUGAAUAAACCUAUAUCAAAUGACACUAUGAACCAAAAAUUGUCAAAUGGGUGUAAUUAUAUAGCGUCAGAUACUAGUUCUUUACAUGAAGCAAAAAUAUUAAAUAGCAUAGUUUUACCUCCUUUUCAUAAAAACAGCAAGACUAAAAACCCAGAUAAGACAAUAAAAAGGCUAAAAAGUAGUGAAAAGAAUGUAAGUGAAAUUCCACAGAAAGAUUGUGCACAAGAAAAUGAUAACCAAAUGAACAAAUCUGGUGUUUUAUUUGAUUUGAGUCCAGGAAUGCAGAAAGUUUUAGAUAGAGGGUUGAGCCCUUCAUAUGAUAAAUUUGAAAUGGGGCCAAACAACGAAAUGAAUUUAAAGUUUUCUAAGAAUACUAAAGAUUCAAGAACUCUUGCCCUUUUUCCUGGUCAAAGUGAAUUAUCCUUGCACAAAGAUUUUGGCAGAAUUUGCCUAACAAAAAGUAAAGCUAAUCAAAAAAACAAAAAUGGAAAACGUGUUUCUUGGAUAGAUGGGAACAAAAUGCCUCCUUCACCACUGAAUGUCAUGGAGUCUACUCCACAAUGCAUAGAAAUACCCGUUGUGACAAAAGCAAAAAACACAAUCUCAACAGAUAAAGUUCCAUAUGUUCGGUUCUUACAGAAGGAUAAAUCUGAUUUACACACAGAGGAACAAGUAUUACAACAUCAACCAGAAAAUUCAGAACACGUUGAGCUUAAUCUUGAGGAUAAUUCAGUGAUAAGUGAAGAUUUUUCACUCCAUUUAUCUCAAGAAAAAAAUCCUCCAGCAUCUUGCAGUGCUGAUAAUUUUUCAAUAAUUGAUGUGGCAAAUGAUAAAACUCUCUUCCAAACGUUCAUUGAAGAAUGGAAAACACACACAAAAUUUUCUAUCUCUGUAGCUUGUGAAAAGACAAAAAUCCCCCUGUCUUCUCACAGAUCAGCUAUUGGUGCAAAGUUCAAGCAAGGAGGUACAUCUCAUAAAAGUCUCUGCGAGAAUGAUGGAUUUCCUGUUCAUGCCUGUGAAGACUUGCUGGUAGUUGGCUUAGCCGUGUGCUGGGGUAGAAAGGAUGCUUACUACAUCUCAUUGCAGCAGAACUCUCAAAGCCAGAUUGAGGUAAGUCCCAGUUUGGCACAGCCUCCAUUGGAUCAAGACCUGCCUGUAGCAGAAAGAUUACAACAUCUUAAGCAACGUCUGCAGGAGUCUGAGAGAGCAUUUUCACUUGUUGUGUACAAUUUUAUUCAGCACUACAAGAUUCUCCUGAAGGCCUGUGGCAUCUCAUUGGCAGGUUGCUUUGAGGACCCAAAGGUAGCAUGCUGGUUAAUGGACCCUGAAUCAAAAGAAGAUUCCUUUCACAAUAUGGUUGCCAAUUUCCUUCUUCAGGACUUAUUCUUGCUGGACAAAAUUGGAGCAGGUCAGGGAAAUCAGAGCCUGGGUCUCAGUGCCAGUACAGAUCAGUCUGGACGAUACAGGGCAUCUGUAGAGUCUGUCCUUGUCUUCCAUAUCAUGGAAAAACUCCAUAUUAUACUGCAAAAGGAUAAUUUGCAAGAUAUUUUUCAUAAAGUGGAGAUGCCGAAUCAGUAUUGCUUGGCCUUGCUGGAGCUCAAUGGAAUGGGGUUUAGCACAGUAGAAUGUGAGGCCCAGAAACAUGUUAUGGAAGCAAAAUUGAAUGAGAUUGAGAAUCGGAUAUACCAGCUGGCAGGUCACAGUUUCUCCUUGACCUGUCCCGAUGAUGUUGCUGAGGUAUUAUUUCUGGAGCAAAAGUUGCCAUCAGAUGGAGAACUAAAAAUGCAAAGAGGCAAGAAAGUGUUGGGUUGUACUAGAAAAGCAACAACAAACAAGAAUCGGGCAAGGCUGAGUAAACAGUUCAGUACAACAAAGGAAGUUUUAGAAAAAUUGAAGAAAUUGCACCCUUUACCUGGCCUGAUUUUAGAAUGGAGAAGGAUAACUAAUGCAAUAACCAAAGUGAUAUUUCCACUACAAAGGGAGAAACUUUUCAACCCUGUCCUAGGAAUGGAAAGGAUCUAUCCUGUUUCUCAAUUUCAAAGUGCUACAGGUCGCAUAAGCUUCAGAGAACCCAAUAUACAGAAUGUACCUAAAGACUUCGAGAUUGAAAUGCCAACAAUGGUUGAAGAGAGCCCACCUUUUCAAAAACACCCUCUUUUAAGAAGCAGAUGUGGAAAACAUUCUGUGUUACCAUGUGGACCUAAGAGUCUAACUGAAGAAAUAUCAAACAGGAAGAAAAUACUAUUUUCUGUUAGCAUGAGACAUGCCUUUGUACCAUUUCCAGGUGGCUUGAUCUUGGCUGCUGAUUACUCUCAGCUUGAGUUAAGAAUCCUUGCACAUUUUUGUUCCGACAAUCGGCUACUCCGGGCCUUUGGUAACAACGUUGAUGUCUUUAGAAGCAUUGCAGCUGAGUGGAAGAAGAUUAACCCCGAAGAGGUUGGGAAUGAUUUAAGACAACAAGCUAAGCAG